AUGGCAUCGCUUGCAGAGACCCAGCCAACAGAGACACAGGAACAGGUCAAUGCCACUGAGAGUUCCUGUGUCAAGUGCGGCUUGGCCACGACCCUGAAUGAUGGGGCCGUGCAGCGAGGACAUGGCCUGCAAUGCCGUUCCUGCAACAAUGUGUACCAGAUUCUUUAUCGACAUCUCGGUGGGCUUCCCCCUUCGUUCCAGGGUAUGUCCACGGAGGAGCAGGGGAACUUCUUCAAGUCUACUGGGAAGAAUGUCGCCACCACGCCAAAGAAUGGCCGCUGGAGCUUGGUGAAAAAGAAUUUGGUCACUUCGAUGGUCAGUUUCAAACGGCAGCAGACCACGACAUCGCUCACCAAGGACUUCUUUCCUUUAUCCGUGUGGAAGGUCAAGGGAUUUGACACGAAGGAGAUCGAAGCAAAAGGAGAACGAAGAGACGACGAUGUUUUUGGAGAGACUUGGUCGGCGCCUUUGUUAUCCAUUAAGAUCGAUGACAUUGUUGGCUCGGUUGAAAAGGAGUUAGCCGAAAGGGAGCUGGCUUUGAAGCACGCGAAGGGCAAAAAGCGCGGCAAGGCUUCUUCCAAGACUUCAGAGGCAAAUGCCGUGACCGUGGAUGACAAUGAAGAUGUCUGGUCCAUUCCGUCUGAUGACGAGAACGCAGGCAGAGCUAGCAACAGCGGCCCGGAAGGAGCAGCGCCUGCGUGA